CUUUAAUAGACAAACAUGAGCCUGGUGACGUCGAGAGAAGUGGUGGGCCUGGCGGGCCCCGUGGGGGGAGGGCCGGCCGGCGAUGGGCGGCGGUUACGCCCGGGCCCCGCGGGGGUCGGGGGGCCCAGAGAGCGGCCGGGUGCUGGCGACGUCCUGGGCGACAUCGGCGUCUUUGGCCUGGUGGACACCAACGGGAACGGACUCGCCGGACUCAGCUUGGACUGCAACUGCAACGAGCAGAAGUCGGCCUGGUUCGAAGAAAUGGAGUGGGGAUACGCCGAAAGCAAUGGCCCUGCCACCUGGCACGAGAAGUACCCGCUGGCCGCCGGGCCCAGGCAGUCCCCCGUGGACCUGAGCUCCAGCACCGCCACCCAGGAGGAGGACUCGAACGCCAAGCCGCUGCACCGGCGGUACAACCCGCAGACGGGCUGCGUGCUGGGCAACACCGGCUACGGCUGGAAGGUGCAGAUCGCCGGGCCCACGACCGCGCGCAAGGACGACCUCAUGUUCUGGUUCUCCGAGCUGAGCGGCGGCCCGCUGGCCAGCCGCUACCGCCUGGAGCAGUUCCACAUGCACUGGGGCGACUGCGACAACGAGGGCUCCGAGCACACCGUCGACGGCCAGUCCUACGCCGGCGAGCUCCACCUCGUCCACUGGAACUGCGACAAGUACAACUCGUUCGGGGAGGCGGCGUCGCAGCCCGACGGCCUGGCCGUGCUCGGCGUCUUCCUCAAGGUUGGUGAGGCCAACAAGGAACUGCUCAAGGUGACGGACCUCAUGAGCCAGAUCACCCACAAGGGCCAGCACGUCGACAUCACCGGGGAGGUGGACCCCACCAACCUGCUGCCCGCCAAGUCAAGUUACUGGACUUACUUGGGGUCUCUCACCACCCCGCCCUGUAACGAGAGCGUCAUCUGGAUCGUCUUCAAGGAGCAGCUGACGGUCUCCCAGGAGCAGCUCGAGGCGAUGCGCGGCCUGCGCUGCUACUCCGAGGGCGAGGCCUGCCCCUGCGACGAGCUCAAGGGAGUCCUCCUCAAGAACUUCCGGCCUCCGCUGCCCCUGGGCAACCGCCGAGUCCGCGAGUGCCGCGAGUAACAGGAGGAGCUGAUCUCAGUGGACUGCAGAAGGCCGUGAUGCGUGCGACGCCACGGCGACACUCCGACCACACACUCCCCCACCAUCACUCCCAACCCCCGCCUCCCCCAGCAUCCCCCAGCCUCCCCACCCCAUUUGACCACGUGCCAGCGGUACCCGCACUGCAAGUGCCGGCCAGAUGAACAUCAUCAAGAUUCCGUUAUGAUUACGUAUUGACCAAUGGUGCCUAGUUAGUUCGUAGAUAAGUGUCUGUUGUCUGUGUCCUCGUGGCGCAGGACACAGCAGGACACAUUGUGAUCUUAGAGGCAUUUCUAUAGAUUGUAAACAAAGCGUGUCAAAAUUGCAGUACAUGGGGGAAGAACUCGUCUCUGAUAUUAGCAGUAUUUCCCGCAUUUUCUGAGUAGCAGCACAAAAUAUUGUUGGGUUGAAGAUACCAAUGAGGGAAGAUAACAUUGCUGUGAAGUGACUGUGAAUAUUUUAUUUUCUUCAGUUGAGGGAUUGGAGACUGGCGAGCAAUAAUGCGCUUAAGUUAUGUUGCUAACUUAUUUAAUAUCCUGUAUUGCAGAAUAUUUUUGAAAAGAAUGAAUGUUGUAAACUUGUGAUAUCUGAAAGAAAAGUUAUGUUUUGAGUGAUUCAAUGUAAAAAAUAUUGUUCAUGUCACUGUUAAUGUUGUUUUAAAAAAAAAUGUAUUACACAGUCUGUAAUAGUCUUAACAGUUUGAAGAUUAUCUGUCUGCUGUUCAAGGCGCCCUAUAUUCGGUGGUCCUGCAUCACAAUAAUUUAACUAUGAAUUAAAAUUUUUAUCUGUUAACUUGCCGACAAUCCACACAAAACCCGUGUAAAAUUUUUCCAAGCCAAUGAUAUUUUUUAUAAUGCACCUGUUUUCUAGAAGAGCAAAUAAAUUUGCAAUCACCAUAGUGA